AGAGGCGUGUCCAUGGACCAGUAUAAAGUCCAAGGAGAGCCACUCGUGUUGAGCCAUUCUCAGGAGCGAGUUCUUUGCACUGCACACCAGCAAGAAGAGGAAACUGCAGCUGUUACUUAAAACACUGCCUUUUGAUGACCUGCUUUGCAUUUGGACACUAGUCACCAGAUUUUUUUGGUGCUUCAUUAGAGGGCGGGCGAGCCUCUGGACUCACACUCGAAGAGAGAGCAACACUCACCUGAACACAGUGGUGGAUAUCCUUCCUGCAACUGUUCAUUUCACCAUAACAAAAACUAGUUCUUAUCACAACUACAUUCGCCAGCCGAGCAGAUCACCAGCAGGCUCCAAUUUCUGUGCUGUGAAAUUGAAUCAGAGGAACGGAGAGGCAAUACAGCAGAGGCAUUGUGUCCCUGCAGUUGAAACACUAACCAGCUGAAAAUAUCAAAGACCAUCCUGGACAAAGCGUUCCUCUCAAACCUCCCUUGUUGGUCUAAAAUCUGCUGUUGAAAUAGAAAGUGAUCAAAAGCAGCAAAACACUCAGAGAGGAGAAGGGAAGCAAAAGGGGACCAUACACGAGGGUAAAGGAUUGUGUGCAGGUGCCGGGGCUGCCAUGGUGCGUGGAAGUGGCGUGGCAGUAGCUUCAUCCUGCUGGGGCUUUUGGGUGUUUGCCCUGUCAAUGGUGGCGUUGUGCUUGUCAGACCAGGCCAUCCGCUGCCCGGUGUGCUCUGAGGAGAGACUGGCCAGCUGCCGUCUGCCGGAAGGCUGCGAGGAGACAGUGCGGGAGCCCGGCUGCGGCUGCUGCCCCACCUGCGCCCUGCCAAAGGGGGCUCACUGUGGCGUCUACUCCCCCCGAUGUGGCACGGGCCUGCGCUGCUACCCGCCGCGUGGCGUGGAGAGGCCACUGCACUCAUUAAUGCACGGCCAGGGGGUGUGCACCGAUGAGAGAGAGGUGGACGAGAACUCAGCGAUGGACAGGCAGGAUGAGAUAAUCCCUGAGCAUCCCAACAACAGCAACAUCCGGUGCAGUCCACAGGACAAGCGCUGCAUACAGAAGACCCUGGCCCGACACCCUCCAAAAUCCACAAAUCAGAGAAGCAACACUGCCAGGGAGGAGACCAAGGCGGCGCUGGCUCCAUGUCGUGCCGAGCUGCAGAGAGCGUUGGACAGAUUGGCAUCAAAUACCCGCACACAUGAUGAUCUCUUCACAAUCCCCAUACCCAACUGUGACAAGAAUGGAGAUUUCCACGCUAAACAGUGUCAUCCCGCUCGUGACGGCCAGCGGGGAAAGUGCUGGUGUGUGGAUCAGAAGACAGGCAUGAGGCUGCCGGGCCCUCUGGAGCUGCGAGGAGAUCUGGACUGCCACCAGUUAAUGACUGCUACGCAGAGGGAUUGAGGAGUGGGGAGUGGCAGUAGGGGUGCAGGACCAGCUGAACUCUACUGGUGCUUUUUAGUAGAACUACACGGGGAAAGGACUUUGCUCUAAAGCCUUGAUUCACCUAAGGCCAACAGUACUUGAGCUUGCGCAACAAAAAGGAAACCAUUGAAUUGAGUUCUUUUGCUAUUUUGUUUCUGUGUGUGAGAGUAUCUGAUGUCUGAGUCUUUUGAGCACUGGUUGUGUACUGUUCCUACUAUGUGAACUUAAGACUGUGUCUUUAGACACACGCGCUUUGAAGUAACAGGUGGCAGACAAAAACCUUCCACAGUUGUAGUUGUGAUCUUUGUUAGAGAGCAAUAUGUGUUGUUCUCUCUAGUCUAACUUCAGUAGAGAAUUUUUUUUUAAAUGAGAAAAUGCGUCAACCCCACCAGAUAAUCCGACCUGAGAUCCAACAGGAACUGUUAGCAUUUGUUCGAUUCUUUCAGAAGCACUAGAUCAGUUGGAAUUACUGCAUCAGGACAACGCAGACAGAUUAUCAAUCAAAGGAUCGUGUACUAGUUUUUAACACAAUGUGUGUAAUUGAUUGUAAUGUGUGGCUCUUAUUCUACUGUCCUAUAUGUCGUAAACCCCACCCAUCUGGUAAGUAGGUUAAAACAAAACAAUAAAAUGGCUUUGCAAACACAAAGUCUAGUUCAGCGAGGACACAAGAAUAGCAAUAAAGAAGAGAACAACAGAUAAAAUGAAAAAAGAAACAGGGCUAACCAAGGAAUGCAACAAUCCCCUGCCUUGAGUUACCAAAUGAUAAGCCAUAGCUUUUCACAACAUGAAGACCAAAGUGAAAAGUGAGAUUAGUUUGAACAACUAUAUCUCUGAAGGGCCAGAAAAGAUUUGCUUCAUCACCCUGCGGUUAACUCUGCAUCCUCCUCUCUUUGUUCUGUGGCAUCGUGGUCCAGAAGGACUGGCAGAGUAGCUGGGCUAAAAACUCUGUACACUGCUGAUAGGAUAAUCUCAUUUCUCCAGCUGGUGCUAAAAUGCCAGUGUGACUCUCAUAUGAAUAUGCUUCAACAUACAGGAUUUCUCUCCAAACAGACUGCUUGGCAGAACUUUGGUGGUGCUAUAUACUGAAUGUGCCAAAAUACUAAACAAAAAAAUGGCUUCUGCACUGUUUGGGCAUUGUUUAGGAUUGGAACAGAAGACUGGGAUUUUCAGGAAAUGGAGCAAUUAGCAUCAGCAAGUGUGAGGAUCACCUAAAUGUAUGACCAUCUACACUAGCUAUUGACAAAGGCUUUCCAUGUGUGUUUUCAAUUUUAUUGUUAAAAUAUAAAAGUAACAUCCCACAUUGGCUUUGCACUAUCACUGCAGCUAACUGGCUGAAUGUUCCACAGGCCAGUGUUGUAAAUGCAGGCGUGGUGUGUUUUAAAUACACAACCAGACUGUAAUACAUUGUAAUGAUUAAGCUCCUGGCAGCAUGGCAACUCUUAGUUAAAGGUGGGGUAAGCAAUUCAAGGUAAUGCGAUUCUAAUCCAGUACACUUUUUGUCAAAUUCAGCUAAUAUCUCCCUACGGUGUGCCAGCUUUUUGCUGUGUGUGCGCUGAAAAAAAUCUGGUGGUUGUACACAGCCCGGGCUCCGUGAAUGGAAUCGGACCGAGCCACACAAUACUAAUUGGAGCCAUUCCAGCCAGGAUUUGUGUGUGAGGUAACGUUAAAUGACAUGCCCACGGAUAUUCAUCUCAUUUUCUAGUUUGCCAACAUGUGUUGCAUAACAUGCUGUUGUCGUAAUGUUAGCUAUAGUAGCAGGAAAAGUUGUGAGCAUCGCUGUCUGGAGCUGGUGAGCUGGCUCUGGGAAACCAUCUCGUUCUCUCUGCGCGUUAGCUGUGCAACAGCAACUGUAGUGACAGUUUGCUAGCCGACAAAACAGCCAACGUUAGUGUGUCAUUGCUCGCACUAUAUCAUGGUAUUUGUCGUGCUAUUGGAUUUCUCCAGAAUCGCUUACCCCACCUUUAAAAGGUCCAGUGUGUAACAUUUAGGAGGAUCUAUUGGCAGAAAUGUAAUAUGAUAUUCACAGGUAUGUUUAGUGUAUAAUCAUCUGAAAAUAAGAAUUGUUGUGUUUUUGUUACUUUACAAUGAGCUGUUUUUAUCUACUGGGUAACCUUCAGUUGAGUCCGCCAUGUUGAAUCGCCAUGUUUCUACAGUAGCCCAGAACGGACAAACACUGGCUCUAGAUAGGACCUUUUGUGUUUUUCGCGAGUUUCAGAGCCACAAUGAGUUUCUCCUACACGCUUCACAGCCCACUCUCAUUCCCAGGUCGUCAAAUACAGACACCAACAGUGUUCAGUAAGUUGCACUCUGAAACUUCACCGCUAGAUGCCACUAAAUCCUACACACUGGUCCUUUAACAUGAAGCUUUGAAUGGAGGACUCUUGUGUAGCAGUAAAAAUCAUAAUUAUGUUGAAACGAGAAUUUCCUCUGUUAAUCUGACAACGCUAGUUUUCAGUUUUCACAUCAUCUAAAGGGCAUCACACUAAUAAUUAAAGGAGCGUAUUACCAGCGCACGUAACAUAGCUAUUCAUCGAAUAUUUUAGAUACUGUAGGCAAGGCUGCUACUAUUCUUAUAGCAAUUGGAUUGCACUGGUGUUCAGGGCAGGGAAGCAGGUUUAAGCUAAUGCUGGUGUUUGUCACCACCAGAUAUGGACAGCCUGAUCUAUCUGCUCCAUGGGAAACUUAUUGGUUGGUGUUUGGGACAAAGAGCGUAGCAUACAGUUCACAGCAUACAUACUGUCGCACAAUGGAUAUUUGGUUCUUUCUGUCUCCAUACUCAGCUUUUACCUCAACAUCAGUUAAGCUUUAAAUAAGACUAUUUGAGCACAACAUGCUGAAGGUUAAUUCAGCUUUACAUAGAAAUGAAAAAAGUGCCAUGAAAACCUUUAUUUUUAUGCAUUUUUUGCACAUUUUUCCAAACUGAAUUUGGUCUAAUCUUUUUUUCUAGAAUGCAGUAGUUUAUGCAUAUAUAAAUAGAGUCAGAGAAAAGUGAAAUGCUCUACUUUUGGUGCUUCUCUUAUUCCUUUAUUGUGCGAGGUAGUAAAACAUAUAACCCCCCAGUAAUCUCACCACAGCUAACUGGGGACAGCUGAUAUGGGCCAGAACAUUCCCAAAAUGAAUCUGACAACUGUUAUCCCUCAUCAGACUGAGGGUUUCUCUGAUGUAUCUUCAGUGCAUCCUGAAGGUACUUGAGGGUGAAAUAAAACAAUCUAUCUUCUACUAUUUAUACACAUUAAAACUUAGAGGGUGUGUUUUUAGUGCACUUUGUCUUCUAUGAUUUUGCUACAAAACUCACUUGUGAAAUUUGAAUAAAAAGCUUACAUACAUUUUCAAUAGAAUCACAUCCUAUAUGGUUAAUCAUAAUAAACUACUCAAAUGAAAAUGAUCAAACAUAACUUUGUCUCUGUGCAGGCUUAGUUAUUUUGCUACAUGAGUCAGAAUUCUACACUUCUGGCCCCCAGUCACUAGUAACACUACAUACUCUUAUCACUGAAGCCAGUGGUCAAUUAAUAACCUUUGCUGGAAACAAUGCAUUGCCAAGAAAUGUAUCCAAAGGUAGUUCACCAAAACACAGGCAGACAGAUAGAAGGUGGUUUGGGUAGAGAAUCAUUGCUACAGCUUAAAAAUAUCAAAAACCAAAUAGCCUAAAAACAAUUCCAAAGAAAACAGUAUCUGGAGACGUCAAUACUCAUUCAGUGAACUGCACAGAAAAGUUCCAGCUAAAUCCUAUCUUAUCAUCCAUUAACUAAGUGUUACUUAACACACUCAAACACAUAUCUCUGUUAAUUGAUGUUAAUCUUUGAUAGAGAUGACAAAAGGUUUUGGCUUUGAUUUUGUAAAGGCCUUCUAACUACAUAAACUGUGUAUGUAAGCUAUAGUACGUUGCUUGAUCUCUAACUUUGCUGUACUGAAUUGUAACUGCAUUUCUCAAGAAUAGACUGUUCCUGUUUGCCUUUGAUAUUAUCUAUUAAUGUGUAGAAGAUAUGAAGUAAUGUUUGCAUGCAUACAAAUGGACUGGGGUUGGAGACAGCUAAGGUCUUGUGUAUCUUGUCCAGAACAGGACCGUUAUACUCAAACACUGAAGUGAUCAAAGAACUGAAAUAUAGAGUUUCAACCAAUUAAAUGAUCACUUACAUUGUAAAUGUUUACCUGAUGAAAAUGUACACAUUGUAAUACAUCAAUUAAAACACUUUAGAAACUACAA